GGGAGCGUGAAGCGUGGGAAUUUAAAUAGUUAGCUAUGCAGUUACUCCCACGCGACGGGAAUUUAAGUAAUUAGCUAUUCAGCUACUCCCACAGUGGGAAAUCAAAUUGUACUGUGACCAGAGUAAUUGAAAUGCAGUAUAACUUGGGCAAACCCUCACUCUGAUGUAUGUAUGUGGUAUGACAAAGUCUCCACUGGGAAUUAUUUCUGGGAACUGGGAAUAAGUAUAGUAUGACGGAUUUUUCGCUUUGGGCACACCCCCCCUAGAACCCGGCCUUGGCCGGGCUAUACGCUAGUAAAUAAAUAAAAAAAACUAGCUAAAAGUGUAUAUUUUAACUUAUAUAUAAAUUUCCUUGUAAAAAUAUCACUGUUCAUUUUUCUUGCUGGAUUUUGUUAAAAUUAAGAAAUAUUUCAUCACUUCACUGAUAGAUAACACAUAAAUAAAUAAUUAAAAGUUUAAUUAAAAUAUUUGCUUGCAAAAAUAUUUCUUUGCAAAAUACUUUAAUAACUAAUUGCAAAAAAUCGUUUCUUGUUUUACUUUAAAUACAUACAUCACUAAAACCGUACUAUUAUUCCUUGGAAAAAAAUUUCCUCGCAAAAAUCCUAUCUCAUUUUUCUUUGCAAGCUUAUCUGUAUAAAAAACUAAAAGUGUGAUAUCUUUCCUUGCAAAAAUAUCUCUUCGCAAAAACUAAUAUAAAUAUACAUAUUUCCUUGCAAAAAUGGACACCCUGUUCCUCAUCCUAGCCGGGCUUGUGACCCUUCUCGUCUUCCUUUGGAAAUGGCACUACCGCAAGAAUAAGGUCUACUUUGAGUCUAAAGGGAUUCCCUACCGGGGAAAUGCUUUCCUCCGCAUCGCCCUUAAUUCCCUCAAGGGACUCGGCGUCAUAGACGACAUCCUCGCCUCGUAUAAACAAAAUAAAGCGGAAAAUACCAUGGUCACUGUAACCAACGAUUUUGGCGUCAUCACGAUCAGAAUCCAAGAUCCAGACUUGCUCAAAGCCGUCCUGGUCAAGGAUUUCGACCAUUUCGCGGAUCGCAGGAAUUUCACCAUUCCCAAGAAUGAUUACCUCUACAAGAAAAUGAUAUUCUCUUUAAAAGGCGAGCCGUGGAAAGCACUACGAACAAAAUUGAGCCCGACCUUUACCACGGGCAAAAUUAAACGGCUCUUUUCCCUGUUUGACCAAAGUGGGGAAAAAUUGGUGAAAUAUAUUGAGCAAGAAAUUGGUGAUGGUGGGGAAUUUGACAUAAUCGAGACCUACUCUAAAUUCGCGAUGGACAUUAUCGCCUCCUCCGUUUGUGGUAUCGACUCACACGCCUUUGACCAAAAGGAACCCUCCUUCUUUGAAGUGAUGGGACGGAAAAUGCAGCUAACUUUCGGUGGGGCUACGCUUAUCAAAAUCCUCAUCAUCUCGGUGUCCUCCUCGAUAGCGGACUUUUUUGGAUUCUCGCUUUUCGCGAAAGACGUCCCAGAUUUUUUCUCUGUCGCGAUCAAAGCCUCGAUUCACGAUCGCCAGACAAAAAACGAGAAGCGGAACGACUUCAUCCAAUUGAUGCUCGAGGCGCGGGAGGACAAGUUGAAAACUGAGGACCACGACGCGGAACUUCUCGACGACGAAGGAAUCGUGGCGAAUGCCGUGUUGUUCAUAUUCGGCGGAUAUGACACGACAUCAUCGCUCCUCAUUUUCACGGCGUACUCGCUCGCACUCCAUCCCAAUAUUCAGGACAAGUUGAGGACGGAGAUUGGUCAAGUUCUGGAAGAAAAUGGGGGCGAACUCAGCUAUGACGCGUUAAAUAAGAUGACUUAUCUUGACAUGGUUAUCAGUGAAACGCUGCGCUACUACCCACCCUUAUUUGCGACGGAUCGCGGUUGUACGAAGGACUAUAAAAUUCCGGGGACCGAAUUUGUCAUGAAGAAAGGCCAAGUUCUCCUUAUCCCGACGUACGGACUGCAUCACGACGCCGACUAUUUCCCAGAACCUGAAAAGUUCAACCCGGAACGAUUCUCGCCGGAAAACAAGGCAAAAAUCAAUCAUUACGCGUACCUUCCGUUUGGCGCGGGCCCUAGAAAUUGCAUCGGUAUGAAUAACUUAGAUUUCGAUUUGCCAAUAAUUUUGCAAAUUAAUUUGGCAACUCACAUAGUGCUUGGUAAUUUUGUAAAAUCCUUGUAAAAUAGUUUACAACCUUUUACCAAAUAAAGAGACGCCCCAAAUCGGAUCAAGUUUACCAAAAUUUGGGAGCUAAUUUUCCAUCGAAAUAUUUGUAAAUUUUUUAAAACUUUGUAAGUUUACGGAACUUACGGAGUUUACGAUAUGGCCAAGCACUGCGUGAAUUGCCUCAUUGUUUCUUUAUGGGAUAAAAUUAUUUCAUCACCAUUUGCCAAUAAUUUAGAAAUUUGUAUCGUUUGACAGACUUUAAAAAAAAUAGUGAUACACAUUUCAUUUCGGCAUUUUCAUAAUUGUCAAGUCAAAGGCCGUUUUUGAAAUAAAUUAAAAAUGUAAAUAUCCACAACGGCAAAUGAAAGAUGUAGAUCACGCCGUAUGAAUGUGACAUGUCCAAUAUUUGGAAAACUUUGGAAAAUUUUGCAGAAUUUACGGAUUUUAUUUUAUUUUUGGAGUCAUGAAUUGUUGUACCACGAUAGUACGACAUGUUGCCCAUGCCAAAUUAUAAGGUGGCCCUCCUACGUGACAAAUUCCGCAAAAAUUACAAAGAGCUGGUUCUACAUAUAUUGAAACAUAUAUACUUGCACCUCUGGUCGUACUAUUGUUUAGUAUGAAUUUAUGAAGAGAAUGACACCAAGAUAUCCAAUUUUAAUAGUCUGUAACCCAUAAAUUUGCAAUGUUUGUCAAAAAAAGAUUUACACGAAGGCUUAUGCACUGUGAGGGUGGACGUAGUUCAAACACAGCGGAUAGAGAUCGGUGAGGCUGUGUCAGAUUCCCCCUUAACACUAAAAAUAACAUUGUUAUUCCCAGAAAACCAAAAAACCUGUAGUGACCAGUUGACAAGUUGUAUUACACGUAAUUUUACAGUGGCGUUAAACCCAUGCAAUUUCUGUAUAACAUAAUUCACAGCAGAAAAUUCGGUACCAAAAUCUUCACCUGCCCGAAAAUAGCUUGCUUUAAUUUUGUUUAUGGACAUAUUCGAUAGCAUUUUUUUGCUAAUAAAGAAAGUUUUACAUGUGA